AUGGGCGCUUGUUUCCUUUCAAGACGUGGGAGGACCAUUCGUGCGGUCCUCAGCAGACUGCGGGCGGUGCGACCGAGGGAGACGCUGGACGACAGAUCGAGCGCUCCUUCCCCAGUCGACGCGCAUGCGUGUUCGAAACAUGACACCGGAAGUGCUUCAGUUCACGUCGGGGGUAAGGGUAGACGUUUGCGCGUUUAUCUAAAGAUGAGUGGUCAAGCAAAUGCCAACCAAGAGUUUAUGGAGCAGCUGCGGCUGCAGGAGCUCUAUGGGCGUAAACACGAGGAUGGCUCUGACGCCAACACCUACACUGACCCAGAAGACGGGACCGUGUAUGACUGGGACGCGGAAAAGAAGGCCUGGUUCCCUAAAAUAACAGAGGACUUCAUUGCUGCCUACCAGGCCAACUAUGGCUUCACUAAGGAUGGAGAUCCAGACGCCAACAGUGCUGCAGUGAGCAGCUCCAACCCAGCAGCCCCAGAAAGCAAGCCCUCGGAAAAGGAUAAACCAGGAGAUUCCGUCAAGAACGAGGACCCUGACCAGCAUGAGACCUCAGCUAAAGAUGCCAAACAGAAAGGGGAGAAGAGAAAACCAGAGCCAGGAUGGUUUGAUAUAGAAGAGAAUAAAAACACGAAUGUCUACGUAUCAGGCCUGCCUCCUGACAUCAGCAGUGAUGAGUUUGCUGAGUUGAUGUCCAAGUGCGGCAUUGUGAUGCGGGACCCCAUUACUGAAGAGUACAAGGUCAAACUCUACAAGGAUAAAGAGGGAAAUCUGAAGGGAGAUGGUCUGUGCUGCUACCUCAAGAAGGAGUCAGUGGAAUUGGCUCUGCGUCUGAUUGACGAGUCAGAGGUCCGAGGUUACAGACUCCAUGUGGAAGCAGCACGGUUUGAGCUGAAGGGCCAGUACGACGCCAGCAAGAAGAAGAAGAAGAACAAAGACUAUAGGAAAAGAAUGCAGCAGCAACAGAAACAGUUGGACUGGAGGCCAGAGAAGCAAGGAGAAUUGAGGAAGAGGCACGAGAAAGUUGUCAUCAUUAGGAACAUGUUCCACCCCAGUGACUUUGAGGAGGACCCACUGGAGUUGAAUGAGUAUCGUGACGAUCUGCGGACAGAGUGUGAGAAGUUUGGGGAGGUCAAGAAGGUCAUCCUCUUUGAUAGACACCCGGACGGCGUGGCAUCAGUCGCAUUUAAGGAGCCCGAACAAGCCGAUGCAUGUAUAGAGUCGUUCAAUGGUCGCUGGUUUGGAGGAAGGCAGCUGACUGCUCUGCUUUGGGAUGGAACGACAGACUAUCAGGUUGAAGAGACAACGCGUGAGCGGGAGGAGCGUCUGAAGGGUUGGUCUACUUUCCUGGAGGGAGGAGAUAAAGGCCCGCAGAACGACACUGCCAAGCCAGCAGAGAGCAGCACCACCAAAACAGAACCCACAGAACCCUCCAGCACCACAGAGCCUGAACAGCCUCCCAAAAAAGAACCACAGCAACAGGAAGAGGAAGCAAACUCUACAGAUAGCAGCCUGGAAGGAAGUGAUGAUGAGAAAGCAUAGAUUUUUCUAUGCACAUCUUUGGUCCCCAUGGCAACCAAUAAGGACAGUCCUGCUAGAUUGUGAACUGUGGUAAACACCUGUUUUGAACAGGUGAGGAGUACGAGCUGGUAUUUGGACAGUUUGAGCUGUUUUGUAAUGUAGAAAAAUAAAAUUAUGAUUUUGUCUACCAUAUUUUCACUAUUUUGGUUUACACCGCAAUCAAACCUGCACUGACUUUCACUGAAUUUCAGUGUAAAAGUUUGUUUGCAGUUUUGUGCUGAUAACCCUGAAAUAUUGAUCAAUUAUGAAAGACAACAUUGACUGAAACUGUGAUGGAUUUGUUUUGGGAUUUUGCCCUUAACUGCCAACAGAUAUCAAAGGGAAACUUACCUUGGUUUGAAUCAUUAAGUACACAAAUGUAUAUUGUUACAUGGUAAAGAUCGUCAUUUUCCCCAAACCUUGUAGAAAAUAUAUGUUUGGCAGUAAAAAGUCUGAAUAUCAUAACUUCAAACUAAAGAUAAGUUUAAGUUUUAACACGGCACACAUUUAACGGAAUCCUUUUUUUCGUUUCCAAAAUAGUUGCAUGUGUGCAGAUCAGAAACCUUUUCUGUGGUUUUCAUAUAGACAGCGUGCUGACUACUUCAGUUCCAAAGUGAACAGCCAUAAAGAUUUUCAUGCAAAAGGGACUUCAAAACAAUAACCAAUAUACUUAAAUGUACACUAGAUAGAUAGUGCAUCAUCUUAGUGCAAAUAGAUAAUUGCACUUUUCCCUCUUAGUGUCCAGUUCUGGAUCUCUGAGGUGGAACCAGGGUCUUAUAUUAUAAGACAGACUUAUUAUUACAAACACACACUCCCUUUGGAUGCUGUCUUGUAGAUAUGAGCAUUUAUGUGUUUAAUAAAGUUGUUUGGAUUUGUAACUUU